CUUUCCUGAUGAAAAUACAGAGGUUUCCCAGGCCCAGGUCCUGGUCCAGGAUGACGAACUCGGAAGGUCACCACGAAGCUUUGGCAGCCCCACCUGUCACUCUUGCCACCCCAGCUCCAGCGGGUAAUGCCACAGAACCCAUCGCUAGCCAGGCUGGGGGAAAGGAAGACGGUUUCUCAAAGGUGAAAGAGAAAUUCAUGAAUGAGUUGAACAAGAUUCCACUGCCACCCUGGGCGUUGAUAGCAAUUGCAAUUGUCGCUGUCGUUCUGAUUCUGACCUGCUGCUUCUGUGUCUGCAAGAAAUGUCUGCUAAAGAAGAAGAACAAGAAGAAGAAGGAAAAGGGAGGAAAGAACGCGAUGAACAUGAAAGAUGUGAAGGAGCUGGGAAAGUCAGUGAAGGAGCAGACAAAGCCAUUACUGAUCAUAUUUUAUAUUUUGUUUGUUAUUACUUUCCUAGAUCCCUACGUGAAGAUCCAUCUGAUGCAGAAUGGUAAAAGGCUGAAGAAAAAGAAGACAACAAUUAAGAAAAAUACCCUUAACCCCUACUACAACGAGUCCUUCAGCUUUGAAGUACCAUUUGAGCAAAUCCAGAAGGUGCAGGUUGUGGUCACUGUCCUGGACUAUGACAAGAUCGGCAAAAAUGAUGCUAUCGGGAAGGUCUUCGUUGGCUACAACAGCACAGCUGCAGAGCUUCGCCAUUGGUCAGACAUGCUGGCCAAUCCAAGGCGUCCCAUAGCACAAUGGCACACCCUGCAGUCUGAGGAAGAAGUGGAUGUCGCCCUUGGCCUGAAGAAAUGAAAAGCCUUUCAGUGUUUCUCCAUUUAAUACUCAUCAUCACGUGUGUGUAAAUAUUGUACCUCAGCCUCCGACCCCAGAGGGAAAAAAACCUGUAAACCAAAAACAGUAAUACUAGGAAGUGGGUGACAUACUGGUCAUACUGGUCCUCCAUUGUAAAGUACACAAGAUGAGGCAGACCAGUACGUUCUCAUUGACUAGUUUUACUGGUUUUCCCUUCCCAGCCACUUCCAGUGGUUACUCUCCUCCUAUUCAGUCCCUUUCCCUCUGCACUGCACCAUUAUUUAAACGUAGAUCUGGUUAAGAACAAAUAUUCCUUCAUGUCAACAUUCCUUUCCAAAACUAUCAUCCUUUUAAGCAAUAUGAUCUGUGUAGAUAGGGCAUGAUUGAAAUAUGUAUCUCACAGUUGUAUAUACACCGUAAAGCGGAAAAUGAUUUCUAGUCUGUGCGUUUGUAUGUUGUUAGCAUUUCUUAUUCUGUGUAUUGUUUUUAAUAAGAUGUUCUAUUUUAAAUUAUAUAAAUUGACUGAUAAAUAGGAAAGUCAAUGCUAUAUAUUAUGAGUUACAUAUUUCUUCUGCAUUCCAGUGAUUUCCUUCUUGUGAAACCUAUUGAGCAGGAAGGGAUCACAUUUCAGUUAAGGUAAGCGAGAGGGCCAGGAGUAAUGAACUGAAGCAAGUGCCAUCACUGUUUUGUGAAUUGGCACACAAUUUGGAAAGAGUUUUUAAAUGUUUUCUCUUGUUCUAAUGUAGUCAAUGGCACUAAUUAUUAAAGCUACCAGUCAUUCCAUUAGAGUCUAAAGGACUGUUCUGUGUAUCACUGUGACUGCCCUGUGUGCUUAGAAAUAUAGAAUCUUCAGUGGGAUAGCAACAAGUUUAUUCAAUAGUAAUUUUGAUUCUGAUGUGUGAGUUUAUCUGUUUUAAUUUCUUGCCAGGAUAAUCAUUCCUUUCCGCUGCCCUGUCAGGUUGACUGCAUAACUUCCCCCCUCCGACACCCCAAGUUCCACUCAGACAAUGGGGACCAACACGGCACUGAGGGGGCGGGGGGGUUGGUAUCUGUGCAGGAGAGCUAAAUCUCGAAUUCCAGGGAAACAGCAGAAACUGACAAAAUCACAAACAGCAUUGUUUUCGAGCACUGUGCAAUGAUAAACACAAACAAAGCAUUGUGAAAUGGUGUUCUCCUAUCAUCGGGCCACAACGCCUUGCACGUAAGACCGAGCAGUCGUAUUGAAAGCUUUAGUUAUUCAAUGUUAGUAUAAACUUAGCUCAGGAUUUUAACAAGUCAGGCAACGAGCACAUUGCGUCAGAAACUGCCACUGAGAUGGUAAUGUGCGGGUUUAAUUGACAAAGUUAAGUCAUAUCAAGAAGCAGAGAUAUAUAUAUGUGUAUAAAACAAAAAGACACUGCCAAAUAAAGGAUUCUGAUUCUUUCUGAUAGUCACAACUUAAGUACAGCCAUAACCAGACGGUGCCCCUCCUCCCUUUGUACUUAAUAAAGAAUAUCUAAGCCUGCUGUGAGACAACACACCAUAAUUAAAUGCUAAUCUUUAUGAUAAUGAAGUGUAAAAAACAUUAGCAUCAGAUGUUGUAGAAUGAUAACUAGUUGCCUUUGUGUCUGAUCACUUACAUGACCUAUCCUGCUUGAAUGCUUGAUGUGUGUCAUCGAUGUAUUGCAGUGUUCCUGCUGUCAUGUUGCUCGUGAGGCUGCGAGCUCUGUGAACCUUCAUACUGGGUGAAGUAACUCUCUCUUUCUCUCUCUGAUUUGAGUUCACUUUGUGUAGUGAAUGACAUUGUGAAGUUUCUGAUGUUUAUAUGACUUAAUAUUCCACUGGUGUUCAAGAAACUGUUUUAUUUCCAGUUGAUGUUUUAAAUGACUGUAAAAUUACAUGUGUUACUUACUGUUUGUUUAUAAAAAAAAUAAAAAUUGGUUACAGAUUUAAA